AUGUUUAAGAGCUGUGGGAAUAUACAUUUCAUUGGUGGUAUGUUGCAAGGAGAACGUGCACACGACUUCUAUAAGGAGGCAGCGGUGCCUCAGGGAGACUGGAAUAAUAUGCUGACUAGGGACAAAGACAAUGAAAUCCCAUGUCGGCGCAUGAGAAGCGGGAGUUACAUCAAAGCCAUGGGUGAUGAUGACAGUGAGGACUCAGAAACCAGCCCCAAGCCAUCUCCAAAAACUGCAGCACGGAGGCAAAGUUACCUCAAGGCCACUCAACAGUCAUUGGGCGAGCAGAGCACCACUCACAGAAGCCUGGAUCGUCUUGAUUCUGUUGAGAUCCUUUUGCCUCCAAAAUUCCCAAGCUGGGAGGAAGAAUACAAUCAGAUCUCAGAAAACCUGAAUGAGUCCAGUUGCAUCAACCAGUUGUCAGAAGAGCAGAUCAUUCUUCUGGAUGUGGAUGUCACAGGUCAAAACUGUCCCGUGGUUACCAUUGUCACUCUGUGGUCCUGUCGAAUGCUUCUGUAG